UUGUUAGGGUUGUUGGCAUCAAGUGACGUCAUACCAGCAUGACGUUUGGCGCGUGCCGAAGAAGCCCCUAUAAGAGACUCGGACUCUUUCCUUCUCACUUGACCUCCAACAAAACCCAUACACAAAAAAGACAAAGUACACACAAUGGCUCAAACUCAAGCUGCCAAGUCCAGGUCUCGCCUCGGCCUCUACCUCGGCCUCGCCGUUCCCGCUGCCAUCGGUUACUACCUCUACCAAAACAACGGCGACGCAAAAGCCGCCGCCCUCUCCGCCCGCGCAGACGCCCGUAACGCCCGCGAAGGAACCCUCGACGGCACAGCCUACGUCGGCGCAAAAGUCGACGACGCAUACGACCGUACCGUCGCCGAAGCCCGCUCAAAGGCCGCUGAGUUACAGAAGGGGUUGCAACCCAAGUUGGGGGAGGUGGAGGGGAAGGUUAAUGGGUGGUUAGAUCGGGUUGAUCAUAAGGUUGAGGAGGAGGUGGAGAGGGCGAAGUCUAGUGGGUGGUUUGGUGGAUGGUUUGGAGGUGCUGGUGGUGCUGCGAAGAACUGAGUUAGGCGAAGCAUUGAGGUGGAAACUGUGUGUAUGAGUAUUGAUUACCAGCGAUAGCGAUGAAUGGGGUUGAACCCCGGCGCUCUUUUGAUAAGGCGUUUUCUUUUUUGUUACAAUGUUACUAUCUAAUCCGAGACAUUUCAUCGAAUGUAUGCGUUCCAUAUUGUAUAUUCUUCGACGAACUCUACCAAAAACG